AAUUUGAUCUGCUGCUCAGCGCAAAGUCAGCGUUUUUGCAGCAAAUCCUGGAUAUGUUUUUUUGGUUUCCUUUUAAUAUCAGUUACAGUCUGUAUUAUUUUUUUAAUGAGUUCUCUUAAUCCGCUCUACGUUUAGGUUUAUGUUUUUUCAAUACUUAAAACCGCUGGUGGUGAGGCCCGCCUUCAAACAUACUACUUACAUGUGCAUAUACAUACAUAUGUACAUACUAUGUAGGUAUGCAUAAUUGUACGCUGAAAAAACUCAUUCUACUAACCGGUUUUACCGCAAAGUGUAAGCGGAAAAACCGCAUGCAUUGCCAUAUUUAGUGUUCCUUUUUUUGCAAUCCUUUUCCGAUUCGAUUUUUUCCUCUGCUUUUGUACACCUUCAUACCUAGGAAUUUUCUUAAGUUUGUUAUGAAAUUUGAUAUAGUUGCAUUUUUUUAGUCGCCCAUCGUUAUACCUUAAGCAUAUUUUUUUCAAGUAAUUAUUUGUACUGAUAUGACUUUUUUGCACAUCGCACCUGUGCCAAAUUGCGUGUGAGAAAUUUUCGCCUUUUUCAAAAAGACACAUUUCCUGAUUUGCAAACGAUCACUUCCUUCAAAUUAUCCUUUUUGACUUUUUAUUUUUUCUUAUUUGACUAGAAAUGUAUCCGGCAUUUCGCCUGGUUUCCUCAAAACCCGCUGUUUGGCUGAAACCGUUGCCAAAAGUUGUGAUUAGUCAACAAAAGCGGAUGCUCUCGCAGAAACCAGAAAGCAUUAAGUUGCCCCCUACGCCAGAAGCGUGUUGCCUGGCUGGGUGUAAAAAUUGCGUUUGGGUUGAGUAUGCGCAUAAAAUUGCGGAUUUGAUGUCUGGCUAUGAUGAAAGGGCAAGAGGAAUUAUCUUGAAUAGAGUAUCAGAUCCGGUGUUGAGAAGUUUCUUAAAAGUCGAAUUGAAAAGCAUCCUUGAACAGCGAGAGGGCGAAAAUAUCGAUAAAUGAAGAGAAAUGCGACCUGCCUGUCGCCAACUUUACAAUCGAGGCCUUUUAAUACAAUCCACUAAAACGUUUCUUAAUAAUCUUCUUCGUAUGUAUGGUGAUAGCGACAUUGAGAUACCACCCGAGCCCACAACAUGUUGCAUGUCCGGCUGUGCGAAUUGUGUUUGGAUCGAAUAUGCAGAGACAUUGUCAAAACUUUUCGCAGGUAACGACGAAAAGGCAAGACAAAUAAUUUUGAGUAAAAUAACCGAUCCAAAUCUAAAAAUGUUUUUAAGUUUGGAAUUAAGAAAUAUUGGGCAAAAGAAAGUCGAUGAAAAGAAGGAUACUACAGAAUCACACAAGGAUCAACAGCCACAAUAGCGCAAAAAUAAAUAGAAAAUAGUAAAAUUUGAACAAAAUAUAUGUAUGUAUAUAUGUAUAUUUGCCUCCCCCCUAACCCUAAGCUUAAGUAGAAUGGUAUUUUUUUCCAUGUUCAGUAGCUAAUAAAAUAGCAAAGUUUAAUAAUGAAAUAUAAAGAAAACUUUUUAUGCGGUUUUGUUUGCUUGAUACUAAAUCGUGGUAGAGUACUAAAUUUGCCAUUCUCUGAAAGGCGUAAAUUGGAAAGAAAAGUCGAAAGACCGAGUUAAAAAGCCGUAUUGUUCUCUUUAUUCUUGCAAGAAAAUGCUAGACAAGAGGUGUAGUAUACUUACGGUGACCAGAUUACUGCGGCCAAAAAUCGGGACAUUUCUAAA